AUGCACAUAACGCUAGAUGUGAUGUCUCGAGAACAAAGAAAAGUGAUGCAUGAAGUCGCUCAACAUAACGGACUAUCCACAAGAAGUACAGGAAAAGAACCGAACCGCUGCAUAAUUCUAUCAUAUCUUUUGAAAUCUAUUGAUGAUAACGAAGUUGUCAUCAUCAGCGGAGGCACUGGAUGUGGAAAGACAACUCAAGUUCCUCAGUUCAUUCUGGACGAUGCAGCUGAAAAGAAGAAGAAAGUUCGCAUUAUGGUGACACAACCACGACGUCUUGCGGCUAUUUCCAUUUCGGAGCGUGUCGCCAAAGAACGAGGUGAAUCUCUCGGCCAUACAGUCGGCUACAAGAUUCGGCUAGAGAACAGAUCGUCAGAAAAGACGCUUCUCACGUAUUGCACAACUGGAGUUCUUCUUCGUAUGCUCACAUCGGAUCCCAUCGCUUCUGGAAUAACCCACAUCAUUAUGGACGAAAUUCAUGAGCGAGAAAUUAAUACGGACUAUCUGCUCAUCGCUUUGCGUGAAUGUCUCAAGCAUCGAAAAGAUCUUAAAGUGAUUCUUAUGUCGGCGACGAUUGAGGGAAACAUGCAGUUGUUUUCGAGUUAUUUCCAAAAUCAAAGUGUUGAUGUUCUUCGUAUCGAAUCUCGCACUUUCGAUGUGAAGACGUUCUACAUCGAUCAGAUUCUUGCUAUGUCUGGAUAUCAGCCUCCCGAACAUCAGGUUUUCUUCUCAGGAGUUGAGUUUAAAACAGAAGAAUGGGAAGAAGAAAUCAAGGAGAUACAAAAGGAAGAUAAAAGAUCCAACAAUUCUGAAACGAAAAACGGCUCAGUUGCAACCAACACUCAGAUUAAGAAGACUUCUGGAAGCAAUACCUGCGCUGAGGGUGUCGUCAAUCAGCAGCGUGGCAUCAAUUCAGUUACCACUGCAGUCGGAAACAAAUGGUCCUCAGGUCAAUAUACAUGUUCCGAUGGUGAAAUAAUUGAUGAGAAAACGAUGGGACUGUUUUUCAAAUCCACAGGAUGUCCUAAAAUACCUGCAUUAACUGUAGAAUUUUUGCCGGACAGUCGAGAUUCAGUAUACGUGAACGGCGUUAGGUACAAUACGGAUAAAACCCAGUCGCAAGUUUUGUUGGAGAAACAGAAAUUGGAUCGGAAUUCAAUGCCUGAAUAUCCAGUGAUGUACCGUCUAGAUGAAACUCAUUCAACUUCUCGUCUUGCAAUUCCUGAGCCAACUACACUGUGUUCUGAAAGUGUCCAAAUCACCCAAGAACUAUUUGCGGAUGCAUCUCCAACCUCUAUCGAAAAAACCAACACGCCGUCAACUGCGUCCAGUGGCCUUGCAAAGUUUUCUACUGACGAUUUCGGUAAAUUUGGAGAGAAGCAGCGUAUAUCGCAGAUGCUGGAGCAGCGAUUCCGUUCAGAGCUCAAAUCUGUGAUUCCACAAAGAACGUCACACUAUGAUACAGAUAUGGAUAAAUUAGUUGAACGUAUCGAUUUCGCCAAGCUUCGCUUCGCUGAAAAAUAUGACAUGUUUUAUGGAACAGACUUUGAGAACUCUAUCGAUCACCAUCUUCUGGAUCACGUCAUACAGUAUCUGGCGGACAGUCCGGUCUUUGGAACAAUCUUGGUUUUUCUACCUGGUUUUGAUGAUAUUCAGCUUAUGAUGGGCAAAAUCGACAAAUGGAAGCUUGGUUUAAAGAAUAUGAAACAUGUAUCCGUUAUUCCGCUUCAUUCACAGAUGCAUAGUAUCAAUCAUUCGGACGUCUUCAAACCAGUUACCAGUGAUAUUCGAAAGAUUAUUCUUGCAACCAACAUUGCAGAAGCAUCUAUCACCAUUGAAGACGUCAUCUUUGUUGUAGAUACUGGUAAAGUAAAAGAGAAGUCGUACAAUCACGAAGCUAAACUGAGUACGCUAUCUGUUAAACCCAUUGCUAGAAGCAACGCAGAGCAGCGAUCAGGACGAGCAGGAAGAGUAAGAAAUGGUUACUGUAUUCGACUUUAUUCGGAAGCCAAAUUCAAUUCGAUGCCAGAGACACAAAUGGCUGAAAUGAAACGAGCGGCUAUUUACGAUGUGACACUUCAUGCGAAAAUUUUUGCUCCAAAUUGCAUGAAAAUCUCUGAGUUUUUGGCAUUGGCACCGGAACCACCAGAGGAAAAGUCGAUUAUUCAAUCAAUGGCGUUUUUGGAGCAACUUGGCGCAUUCUACAGACCAAAUAAUGAUUCUGGUCAAAACGAAGAUGAAAAUGAAAAUGAAGAAACCACCGAAGAAGUGGAUCCUGAGUUGACUGAUUUAGGACGAUUAAUGGCUCGACUCCCAUUGGAUCCUCAACUUUCUCGAAUGUUGCUGUUCGGUUUGUCACUGAAAUGUCUCGCUCCAAUUGUUAAUUUAGUUGCCUUGCUAGCUUCAAGAGAGCCAUAUGUUCUUGCCCAGUCGGAUGAACGCGAGAGGCAAUCAAAAAUGAAGUUUGAAAUGGCUGAGCAGGAUUUCUCUGAUCACCUUAUGUACAUUCGAUUGUGUACCGCAUUUUGCUCGAAAGUCACAUAUAAGGAACAGAACGACUUCUGUCGUGAACAUCUCCUCAAUUUGGCCACAAUGAAAAUGGUCCAAGGAACUCGUCACCAGCUACUUCAAGAACUGGUUCGAGCCAAAGUGAUUGUUGCACCAGAGAAGGAUAUAAUGAUGCUUCUCUCCGAUUCAAACUACAACGCCCAUUCAAACAGUUGGACGAUGGUUCAAGCUGCCAUCGCAGCUGGUUGUUAUCCAUCUAUUGGUGUUAGUACUGCUGAUUCGAACUUGAAAAAAGUACAAACAUUAAAUGUGUCUCAUGACAUCCGAUCAAUCGCUCUCAAUGAAGACUGUAACUGCGAUCCCAGCUCUUACGGCUCUAAUUUUCACUGGUCCAAUCAGAAUCAAGCUUCCAACCAAUAUGUUAAUCGGAAUCAGAGGAAUAAUUCUACGGCACAGCCUACAAAAACUUUGAAUUCUGACUCCCAUUUCACUGCCAGAAUUCCUCCUGAAAACGGAUAUCUUCCAAACAUUAAUACAUCGAAUCAUCAACAAAUCACCAGCUCGAUUGGAAAUUCGGUACCUGAAACUCAAUCUGCCGCAUCAUCUUCGAUCUAUCACCAUCAUGAUCAAAACUGGACAUCAAAUCCACAUUCAUACCAUACAAACGAAUAUGGAUAUGAUUACGGAAGCAACAGUGUGUAUCAAUAUGGAGGAAAUCAACAGCUUGGAAAUGCACAGCAAUAUACCUCGUUUAAUUCGUCAAACCCAGGUUCAUUUAUGUCAUCGAUGGGAGGAUACACUCCAAGAGGAGGAAGGGGAAGAACGGGAAACUGCUCGAAGCCGGAAAAUCUCUUCGUGGAUCAAAACGAUUGUUUACGAAUUGGUGAUUUUGGUUUGGCUAGAUUUUCAGAUCCCGAUGUAGCAAUGACCCCAGAAUCAGUCAGUCUUUGGUAUCGCCCAAUCGAGAUUCUCCUAGGAGCAACCAAUCACACGACGGCCGUUGAUAUUUGGUCGGCUGGAAUUAAUAAAAUAAUAAAGGUUCUUGGAAAGCCUACAACUGAUGAAUGGCCAACUCUAAAUGAUCUUCCGGCAAUGCAAUACGUCACACUUGACGGUUCAGACACUACCAAUUUCGAACAAGCCGUUCCGCAAGCUUCUGAAAAAUCUCUCAAUAUCAUUCGAAACAUGAUACGAUUCGAUCCAACGCGCCGUUUCACUGCUACUCAACUUCUUCAGCAUGAUUACUUCGGCAGUGAGGAUUCGUCAAUAAGGAAUACGAGCAUGGAUGAUCCAGAAUUUCCAUAA